CGAUCUCCUUUUUUCCUACCAACUCGAUUUUCUGGCUUCGAUCCGGAUUCAGAUCUACCCUUUGAUCACCUACUCCCUUGGGCUUUAUCAGCUUCGCCGUCACUUCCCAUCGUUUGCCCCGCUAACGCUCCUUUUUCUCGCUCCACCAAAGAUCGCCGGAAGGACGAAGCGAUAUGACGAUGGCAUCGGCGCUCCGACAACUCUCCGUGGCCGUCGUUAACCGCCAGCCCCUCCCGGGCUUCUUCCUCCGUUGCAUGUCCUCUUUGCCGAGCGAGGCCGCCUACGAGAAGGAGAAGUCUGGCGUUACGUGGACGAAGCAGCUGAAUGCUCCGCUGGAGAUCAUUGAUCCGGAGAUCGCCGAUAUAAUUGAACUUGAGAAGGCAAGGCAGUGGAAGGGCCUUGAACUCAUACCCUCAGAGAAUUUCACAUCGGUGUCAGUCAUGCAAGCAGUAGGGUCGGUCAUGACGAACAAAUACAGUGAGGGGUAUCCUGGUGCACGAUACUAUGGCGGCAAUGAGUACAUUGACAUGGCUGAAUCAUUGUGUCAGAAACGUGCCCUGGAAGCUUUUGGUUUAGAUCCUGCAAAAUGGGGAGUGAAUGUGCAAUCAUUGUCUGGUUCACCUGCUAACUUCCAAGCUUACACUGCACUUCUGAAGCCACAUGAGAGAAUAAUGGCUCUUGACCUUCCUCAUGGUGGACAUCUUUCUCAUGGAUACCAGACUGAUACAAAAAAGAUCUCUGCUGUAUCUAUAUUCUUUGAAACAAUGCCAUAUAGAUUGGAUGAAAGUACAGGAUACAUUGAUUACGAUCAGUUGGAGAAAAGUGCAGCACUCUUCAGGCCAAAAUUAAUCGUGGCUGGUGCUAGUGCAUAUGCUCGCCUCUAUGAUUAUGCACGCAUUCGUAAGGUAUGUGACAAGCAGAAAGCGAUUCUUCUGGCAGAUAUGGCACACAUCAGUGGACUGGUUGCUGCCGGUGUUAUUCCGUCUCCUUUUGAGUAUGCUGAUAUAGUGACAACUACAACUCACAAAUCACUCCGUGGACCGCGUGGAGCUAUGAUCUUUUUUAGGAAAGGUGUAAAAGAGAUAAACAAACAAGGGCAAGAAGUUAUGUAUGAUUUUGAAGAUAAAAUUAAUGCAUCUGUUUUUCCUGGAUUACAAGGUGGUCCGCACAAUCAUACUAUUUCAGGUUUAGCUGUUGCGCUCAAACAGGCUACCACUCCAGAGUUCAGAGCUUAUCAAGAGCAAGUAUUGAAGAACUGUGCUAGAUUUGCCGAGUGUUUGGUCAAAAAGGGAUACGAUCUUGUGUCUGGAGGAACAGAUAACCAUUUAGUACUGGUGAACCUUAAGAACAAGGGAAUUGAUGGAUCCAGAGUUGAGAAGGUGCUGGAGUUAGUACAUAUUGCGGCUAACAAAAAUACAGUACCUGGUGAUGUGUCUGCCAUGGUUCCUGGAGGCAUCAGAAUGGGGACCCCAGCACUCACAUCAAGAGGAUUUGUGGAAGAGGAUUUUGCUAAAGUUGCUGAUUUCUUUGAUGAUGCUGUUAAAUUAGCAUUGCAAGUCAAGGCUGAAACAAAAGGUGGAUCAAAGCUGAAGGAUUUCGUAGCUACAUUGCAAACAGAUGCUAACAUCCAAUCAAACAUUGCCAAAAUCCGCAACGAAGUGGAGGAGUAUGCAAAGCAGUUUCCAACAAUUGGAUUCGAGAAGGAGACGAUGAAGUACAAGGACUGAUUCCAGACAUCAUAUUACUAUGGAGUCAUGAUUUACUAAAAGGUCGACAAUUCGUUGUUAAAGUUUCAUAGGGCAUUUGCAGAUCUUGAAACCUGCAUCUGUGCUGAAGCCUAUAGUUGCUGCUAUUAUCUAUGUGAUGAUCUGAUUUUGAAAUAAAAGGAUGUUGGAACAUGGUGCAAAGGCUGCUAAAGCAGGCAUUUCAUUAGUCUUUACGAGUGAGCUCCUUUUGUUUUGACUUGCCAUGUUGACUGGCAUGAUCUGUAAUAACAUCCUUUUUUUCAUUUAAAACUCAAUAUUCAAAAUGGUUUUGCAAGAUCUAAAUUGAAAAGAACUUGUUUUUCCUCUAA